AUAUGUACAUUCAAUUCAAAUUCAAAUAUAUAUGUAUAGUAAAUGUAGUCGCACAUAUAUAUAUGUGAGCAUAUGUAGACGUAGUCCAGCAUAAAUCAUGUGCAUUUUAUCAAAUAGGUCAUAAAAUAUCUUUGAAAUGAAAUUUGACUUUCCUAGCGUGUGCAGCAGUGGUUAGUUUUUACCCUAACUUAUGUGUUUGCCGCAUCAUAUGUACACGCAUGUGUCUAGGUUAGAAUAACAUAAGCAAGUGAGUUAAUACAAGCAAACUUGAUACUUAAACGGCAGUUACUCAAAUUGCGGUAUAAAAUUAAACAAGUACACACAUAUAAAUUAACAUAAGACCACGCGUUUCCGCCGGAUAUUCAUACACAACGUAAAGCAUAUGAAAGCAUAUAAAAUGUAUGUAUGUAUGUAUGAAUGAACGUUUAUCUGCAUAUGCAUAGACCAAAAAACUACUUCAUCACUGAUGUUAACGUCGCAUAGAAAUGUUUAAAAUAAUACAACAGACGCCUGUAUGGCGAGCACUUACUACUAGUUCUUUAAUGGUAUCAAGAAAGAGGCCAUCAUUCUCAUCACACGUAUCGGCAAGAAAUAAUUUAUUGAAACGAAAAGAGCAAAAGCUAACAUUCGAUAUAAUUUUUAUGAACAAAAUCGCAUCGAAUUUGUCAAACCAAAGCUAAUGUAAUUUAUUGAAGGACACGAAACCAUGCAAACGAAUAUCCCUUCAUCAAGUAGUAUUGUUGGACAAAAAUGUUGUCAUUUAUUUAAAAAAAUAUCUAUAGAUUAGCAGAUAACAGAAAGCAAGAAACGACAAAAAAAGACGAAUAAAUAAGGAACAAAACUUGACACAAUCUUCGAGCAUCCUCUUUAACGAAGCAAAUGUUACUUGUUUUCCAAGAUUUGCUUCAAUUGCGAAUAUUAAGCGCCCCGACUCGAGAAGAGAAUGGGAGAACAAUACAAGAGGAGAUCUGGAUAAUGAUUGUGUUUUGUUUGGCUUAAUUUGUUUUUAAAAUACCGCAAUCAACAACAUUUCCAGCUACGACGAUGGGAGCUUGCUAAAAAAUAUAAAAAAAAAAUUUAAUAUAAGCUUAGAAAAGCUAAUAAAAGCACCCCUGUUAGACGAGAUUACAGCUAAACGACCGCAUACAAAGCUAUAGUUUUAUAUGCGAUAAUACCAUUACGUCGCACAUUACAACUCCACAACUGUCCUGAUAUUGUGGAUUGAAGGGAAAACCGUAACUAACACAAAGAAAAAAAGAUGCCAGCUGGACGUGUAGCGGGAAAAGCUGGUUAUUCUAACCACUACUACAAUGGACGCUCCUACGUUGGCAUCAAUGAAGAGAUUAUGUGGGUUAGCAUUGGCAUGGGUGUUACCAUAGCGAUUUUAAUUACAAUAGCUUUAUGCUACAUUGCACGCGAAAAAUGCCAAAAACGUCAACGUGAAUACUAUGUAACGGCAUAGCUUGCUGCUGUAGCCGUUACCUCGGUUGAUGAAAAAGAAAAAUCCACGGCUAAGUUAAAAAAACUUAAUAAAUAUGUUAACGACAAGAAGGAAUACGAAAACAGGACCACCAAAUCGGCCACCACCAGCAACACCACCACCACCAGCAAUAAUGCAACAAAUAAAAUGUCAGCAUUCAAUGACGAUAACAUAUACGUAUCGACUAUUAACAUGAAUUAUAGUAGCGUUACUGGUCAACCUCAUUACAGUUAUAAUGAUUAUACUGAUGCUCAAGAUCAUCACCAUCAACAACAAUAUGUUAACCAGCAUGCAACAAACCGAUCAAAUUAUCAGUAUGUCAAUAACUUUCAUCAUCAACAACCUGUCUUUUAUCACAGCCAUCAAAGACUUUUAUAUGAGUUACCAGUAGAAAUACUUUUGCCUGCAUUUCCCAAUCCUGUCAGACAUGUCGCGGAGUGGCAACCACAAAACUAUACUCAUUACAGCAACUUUUGGAAUAAUCGUUCUUGGGGUUAAAAGUAAAGACAAUUUGUUGCCAUUUCCUCUACGAAAGACAUAAUAGUUUUAUUAUAGAAACACGCAACGGAAUAUAUGUUAUGUAUAUAAUUAGCUUGAAUAGUGGAAUUGCUUAAACCAUGUUCGAAAGAACACCGAUUGAGAUCGAGACCUGUUUAAGGCUUUGGCUAAACCAUGGAGCUUACUUACUCUUCAAUAUUUCUUCUUUAAGUCCCUUACCUGAAGGUUAAAUCUGAGAAUGAAUUAAGCCCAUUAGUCUGAAUUUUGUUUCUCUAAUAUUUUCAUCUUCAAUGGCUUAAUGUGCUAAACGAGGAUAUAUAUAUAUAUAUAUAUAUAUAUAUAUGUAAGUGUUGACGUAUAUCUUAGGUUAAAUUUAUUAUAUUCUUCACAUCAUAUUUAUGGUUCGUUUGUAACGCCUCACAGAUGCGUAAGAUUCGAAAUAGUUUAAUCAUGUCUGUGUGUGCAAUUGUCCUCUUUAUUAAAAUGUUCGUCACGUAGACUGUUGUGUAAAGAAGAAAAUUAAAUGCACACAUACAAAAGAGACUCACGGAUCCCAACCCCAAUCAUAAGACUCUAACUAACAGAUUGAAGACGAGAAAGAUUUAAAUCUUUGUACAAAUAUUAACCCAACUUGUAAUUAGUAAAGCAAUGCAAUUUACACUUGUCUGUCUUAAUGCGGAACAUAUUAUAGUUUCAAGCUCCAUAUGAUAGUUUUAGCAAAGUGAAUUUAUUAGCUGCAUGGUUUCAUUUGAAGGGCGUCGAAAAUUCGAUGUGCGCUCGAUAAAGGCAAGUUUGCUGGAUGCAUCUGUUUGGCGAUCCCUAAUUUGCCUUUAGUUAAAAAGCAAUCAUCCAGUUUGAUCUAGAGUUUCUUACAACGAUAGAUAGUUCUGAUAAACCGAUUGAAAAAAAAAAAAACUUUAAAAAUAUUUUUAUUUGGGGACUUGAAGUAAUGCUUGCAUUCGAGGUCAAAUUUCGGUUUAUGCUUAAAUGGUUUUUAAAGUUUCCCUGUUUUUUUUUUAAAUUUCAGUUUUCUUAUCUUCGAAAGAAUUAGCAGCUGUCCUAAGUGGGCAUUUUUUUUAAAUUUAAUCCUUAUUAGGGAAAUGAAAAGUUUAUUUGAUGAAACGUGACGCUCAUAAUUGGUAAUGGAAUUCUUGAUUCAAAAAUCAUUUAAUGGUUUAGAUAUUUGUGAGAGAAACAAUGAAAAACUUGCGAUAGCCCUUCGGAAAGCUCGGUUUUUUGCUUGAGUUGAAGGUCGGGCACCCGAGCUGACAAGAUUUAUGAGUGAACAUCUAUACGGGGAAUAAAGAAAUGUCGUGGAUCUCGCAUGACUAACUGUAACUAUUGGUUUUGUCUCUUUUUCUCAUAGACGGGCAUUAGUUCCUUCGUAAAUUACAUAAUCUUUUUCUGCACAUUACAGGACUGUGAGCAUUUUUUGACGUCAUCAUUCGAUUGAAAAUCUGCAAAAAUUUAAAAAUCCGACAUAUAUCCUCAGUUGUGGUAAGCGAGUUUUCAUCUAGCAAAUCGCAUCAUUUUUAUGAUACACGGAACUUAUAGGUAAACCCCAUUAGAGGUGGUGAGUUGCAAGUUUCAUUUUUCUAUCGAAAGGUAGCCGGACUUUUGAACAUGGCUAAAUCCACUCGCAAUCCUACGCUGAUCAUUAGGUAUACAUCAUUCUUUAUGGGGCUUCCGAUACAUAUAUUUAGACGCUAAAAGUUAAAAUACAAAUCAUUCUUCGACGGUAUGAAUUAAGGUAACUGGAAUUGUUCGGCCGAAAUGCGUGCAAGUCGUAACUCUUUAUUUUCUAGAGACAGGAUUUUCAAGGCGAUCAAAGCUAUGCAUUUUUUUUUUCUAACUUCGUACUCGACGUCUUUUCAAUUAUCUUUCGUUUGUCGAAAAGCACUACAGGGUAAAGCAAGAGCCAAAAAAAUUAGCAUAAGCCUCGAAAAAAGUGAUCCUUUUCGUUAGUUUAAUUCCGAGAAUAUAUCGACCUGCAUGCACUCAGAAAUCAUUGAUUAUGAUAUGGAUAUGAAUUAAUAAAUCUUGGCCCCGUAAAACUUCAACAUUUCUCAGACUACCUAACGUUUGCUUGAUACGAUGGACAUUCAAGAUUCGAUGCAAAGGGUAUCUAAUUUUAUUUUUAUACACAUCACUGAGUAAUGAUCACUGAGUAUUGAUUCUGUCCAAAUGUUUGAAACACCCAGAAGGAAGUUCGAGAGGCCCCAAAAACUGUUUAUAUUCUUGAUCAAUAAAUUCCGAAUCGAUUUAAGAAAAUCCAUCUGUCCCUCCUAUCUAAUUUGCCUAUUUAUCUAAUUGUCUGUAUAAUGUGUGUGGCAAACAUUCUCCUGGUCGUGUCCCAACAUUUUCAAAUUUGGGAUAAAGAUUGAAAGCCGUUGCGUGCAGGUUCGCAUUGUAAUUGAGCCCAAUCUGUUAAUGGACACGACGGCAGAACAACAUAAUCUGAUACCAUCGCUGCUUUAAAAAA